AAAAAAAAAAUGGCGAUUCGCGAGGUUGUUUAGAGACCAAUUCGAUUUAUAAACACACGCUUGGGGUGCGCGAACUCGCAAAUUCUGAUAUUAAAUGUGCCCUGAAAUUAAUGUGAUGUGGACUGUGUGCGAUGGCGAGCAAAGAGAUAAUCGGCCAUCAGCAGCAGUUCAUUGAGGAAAUCGAUUACAAUGAAAUCAAGACGGAGCAGGUAGUUGGUAAAGGUUCCUUCGGAGUCGUCUGGAAAGCAAACUGGAGAGGACAGGCUGUUGCUGUGAAACACAUAAAUUCCGAAGGCGAGAAGAAAGCCUUUGCAGUUGAAUUCAGACAGCUCUCCAGAGUUGCUCAUGGCAAUAUUAUUAAAUUGUACGGUGUGUGCAAGAACCCGGUGUGUUUGGUGAUGGAAUAUGCAGAAUGCGGCUCGUUAUACAAUGUGUUGCACUGUACUCCUCAACCACAUUAUACCAUUAGUCAUGCUAUGAGUUGGACGCUUCAGUGCGCACAUGGCGUUGCCUAUCUUCACAAUAUGAAACCAAAACCGUUAAUACACAGAGACUUAAAGCCACCCAAUCUGUUGCUAGUUAUGGGUGGACAGUUGCUUAAGAUCUGUGACUUUGGCACAGCCUGUGAUUUACACACAUAUAUGACCAAUAAUAAAGGAUCGGCCGCGUGGAUGGCGCCAGAAGUAUUUGAAGGCUCUAAGUAUACAGAAAAAUGUGAUGUAUUUAGUUGGGGUAUUAUUUUGUGGGAAGUUUUAACACGCAAAAAACCCUUUGAUGACAUUGGUGCUUCAGCCUUCAGGAUAAUGUGGGCUGUUCACAUGGGACAAAGGCCUCCUUUAAUAGAGGGAUGUCCAAAGCCAAUUGAGGAUCUCAUGACAAGAUGUUGGCAGAAAGAACCGAAAGAAAGGCCUUCCAUGGACGAGGUAGUGAGGAUAAUGACAAAAUUGUCAGAAUUUUUCAAUUCUCAUUUAGAACCAGUUGAAUAUUCUUUAAGUAGCGAAGUUGAUGAUAUUCACGAGAAGGAAAGAUCGAUAGAAGACACGUUGGAUAAUGCCAGUACGUUGGAUUCUCGAAUGAAUGGCUCAAUCGCAAACGGCACUGUUCGUACAAUUCCAAAUCCCGUGCACAGAACCGACGAAGACAGUUCCAACGGGAAAGAUUCGUCGAUUUCCGCGUUACGAGUCGCAACGUCGCCAUUUGGCAACGACGCGUCGACAAAUUUCUCGCCAUAUCAAAAUAAUUUAGGAGUUCAACGAGUACCUGACGAGUGUUCGGUAUUGAAUAAUCACGUAUCUGGCGAUAAUACGGAUAAUAAUUUAGAACACGCUAAAUCAUCGAUCCCGCAAAGUGCGUCGAGAGCUAACGGUGACAAGUUCGCCGCGUUGCAACAUAGAAACUGCAAUUUUACUCCGUUACACGUGGAGUGCGAUCCGCACGCUUGGGAUUUGCCGAGUUCUUCCGACACAUCUUGGGAAAUUCCAAAUAACAUGGCCGGUUUAGAUAAAGUGGUUCCGAAAACGAAGAAGAAUGUACAAAGUAACAGCACCACGAGUGAAGACUUGGGCAACGUUUGCCGCCUCUUGGAUGCCGACCUUAGGCCGCUCACACCUGAUUACGAUUGCGAACGUUCGCGGGAGAUCUUUGAGGAGCACAAGCAGAUAGCGCAGGAAUAUCUCAAGGUCCAAACGGAGAUAGCGUUGUUGAGCCAACACAAGAACGAAAUGUUGAAGAACUUCGGUAUCGACAGCCUGAAACAGCAGAAAGAAUUGCGCGAGCUGGAGGAUGAAAAGGAGUCGCUGUUGCAGCUGUGUUUCAAUCUGAAGCGGCAGUUGCAGAUCAUGAAGGAUCAAAGAUUAAACGGGGCGUUGACGAACGCGGCAACCGCCGCUUCCGCCGCGCCGACGAUAGGACCCGCCGUUUCCGGAAACAAUGGCUGGGUGGUGGUACCACGUCAGGAUCCAUCUAGGCUCUCGUGAGACAUCACGACGCACCAACGUAUAUCCGUGGAUCUCGACGAGAAUGUACUUAUGUCAGAUCAAUUUGCAUUAUUAUAGCGGCGAUCUGAUCGGCGAUGUGCAACAACACACACACGUACUGGAAUCAAAAUUCCAAUUUUUGUACGGAAUCAAAAUCCAAUCAACAUCGCGCCCCGCUUGCUACCCCGAUAGAGUGGAGAGCGCGACUAUAUAUAUUAAUACAAGUCAUAUUAAUAUAGUCACGCUUACCGAGAGACCGUUUUCUCUAUUCGAUUUCGAUUUAAAAUCGAGAUUUCGACACGACGUGUGAUACCGUAUAUCUAUACGGACUAUUUCUUAUCUUACGAGAUAUGGAAGGCGAUAGUUUCAGGUACAUGUUACACAGAUACGCCUCGCGUUCCUUUUUAGGGUUCCUUUUACUGAGUUUUGCGGUCGCAUCUUUUUUUUUUUUUUUUUAUUUUCUUGCCACGUCACGUUCUUCGCGUUUGCAGUGUUGAUUUUAUAAAGCAGCUAAACGUAACGUUUAAAUAUAAAUCUGUUAUUAACGGGAUUUAUUGAUGCAACGUGAGUUUCUUCAACUGGAAUACCUCGAAGAUAGUUUUAAUUACGCAGUCUAGUCGCUUGGAUAAAUAAUCCACGAUGUUUUUAAUUUAUUAGCAUUUCAACGUGCUGCAGCAAUGAUACGCGUGUGUGUGUGCGUGUGAUAAGUUUUUAUUUUAUUUAAGCUGUCAGAGCUUCCUCCUGUCUAGAGGAACAAUAUUUUUUGCACAGACUUCUUAUCUUGAAUUAACGAAUAUAUGGAUGGAUAAUCCUUUAGAUUACAUUUUGAUUUUUAAAUUACAGUUAGUAAUUAUAUAUGUAUUUCGUUUGUAUAUGUAUAUAAAUUGAUGAAGCAAUGAAAAGAUUUUAAUAUAUAUAUUUACAUAUAAAAGGUAUACAUUUGCCUGUUUGGUUGAAUUGUGGCCAAGAAGAGACCUCGUCUCGCUUAUUAAAAUCUUUUUGCUUCAUCAAGUGCUGCGAUUGUUUUAACUAUUGUAUAUAGCUAUUUUAUGUCUCGCAAAAAUGAGAAUCGAACUCGAAUAUUUUGCGACAACACAGACAAACAAAAGAAUGAGUUGCGAAAAUAAAUUUAAAAUUUAUUUGCGACAAGUACAUAAAAAUCACUUUAAAAAGCUAAGGGACGUGUGUUAACUUUACUUCCGGAAUUUAAUAACGAAGCAAAAACGCGAGAGUCACGCAAGACAAAAGUAUCCAAUACGCAUACUGGAAGUGUUCGGAAAAAAUGUUUUACGUUAGAACGACGAUGCGACCGUUUAAGAAUUGAGCGAAAUAUGAGCAUAAAAUGAUGACGAUUAAACGAACACUCAUAUAUAUAUAUGUGCAGGAAAUGGAAAUAAUAUAAAAAAACCCACGCAUGUUAAUAUUAGGCAGCAAUUCGCUCUGAUCUGUUUUUCUUUUUUUUUUUCUUUUUUUUUCCGGAAAUGUAGAACGUAACGAAGUGUUUUUGAAAUCGUCUUGGCGUAUCUUACUCUCUUAUGAGACUUAUAUCAAGCAAUAAAGCAAUUACUUAAGAGGGUGCGCGUUCUUUUUCGACAAUUUUGUAAUGUAAAAUUGUUUUUGAACACCCUCCCCCCAGUGACAGUGUAAUAUAGAAAAUGUAAAUAUAAUUUUGACAUGUGCUGCAAGAUA